UUGUACGUCUCUACCCCCCUCCCGUCUUCUCAUUAUGGCUCAAGCACCGCCAAUGUCCCCCUCGCUCUCCCCAACUCGCACCCGUUGCUUAAACAUUGUUCUCUGCCUCCUUCCCUUUUUGGUGACCUUCGCCCACGUCUUCCUGUCCCCAUAUACCAAAGUAGAGGAGAGUUUUACUUUGCAUGCUGUGCACGAUGUUCUGGCCUACGGAUUUAAUCCACACAACUUGCAGCUUUGGGAUCAUGUCACCUUCCCAGGCGCUGUCCCUCGCUCCUUUAUUCCCCCGGCGCUCUUGGGCAUUCUAGCCUACCCAUUUUCUGUAGUCUCAGUGGCCUCUGGUGCCAUCAAGACCAAGUUUGGUGUGCAGAUCCUCAUCCGACUUGUCCUAGCUUCCUUUUUCUCCUAUUCUUUUAACAAGCUCGCAUGCAGUCUUCAAAAGGCAUUCAAUGUCUCCGUAAGGGUGUGGUUCACAUUGCUCAGCUUGAGCUCAUUCCAUAUCCCUUAUUAUGCGGGAAGAACGUUGCCUAAUUUCAUGGCCCUACCAGGAGUAUUAUGGAGUAUCUCACAUAUCAUGACGGCUCAAAUCGCGACUUCCGAAGCGGACAGAAUUGCCAGCCUCCGCAAGGCUGUCAUUGCACUCACUGCGUUAGCUACGAUCGUCCGCCUCGAACUCGCUCUUUUUGUUAUUCCGCUUGCUCUGAGCUUAUUGAUAAACAGGCAAGUUGGCUUUGGUCAAGUGUUAAAAUGGGGUAUCCUCGGAGGGGUUGGUUCUUUGUCAAUUUCCUCUGCUGUAGACUAUCAUCUGUGGCUUCCUACUCUUUCCCAUCCCUCUUUUCCUUUCAAAUCACACUUCCAACUUUUCUGGCCAGAGCUUUCCGGACUCAUUUAUAAUGCUGUAGAAGGGCAUUCUGCAGAAUGGGGUGUCAUGCCAUGGCAUUAUUACCUCUCUGGCUCUUUGCCCAAAUUGCUCGCAGGCAAUUCUUUGCUUGUAGGUAUCGCUACGGGUGGUUGGCUAUUAGACAAGAUGGGUCUUGAUAUGAUGGCCAAGAAAGCAGGAGGUUGGGACAGGCUGACGGGUGUUAGAGGGGUGAAUAAAGUGAUGAAGGUUUGGGCUUUGAGUGUGGUAACUGUUAUUGGGGCGCUGAGCUUUCUAGGUCACAAGGAAUGGCGCUUUAUCCUUCCCGUACUCCCAAUCCUUCAUAUUAUCUCUGCUUUAUCUGCUUCAUCGCUGUGGUCACUUCGGCCGUCCAAGCUGCGCAAUCUCAUGCGCCUCUUUGUCUUAGUUGCUCUAGGACUGAACUCCCUCGCAACAAUUGCAACGACCUUUUUGAGUGUGGGAAAUUACCCUGGGGGUGAGGUGUGGAAGGUUAUGGAGGAUAUACCUGGAUUACAAAGGCAGAAUGCUUCGAUAUAUUUCCCAUCCUAUCCGCUUCAAACUGGUGCCACCUUGUUUACUUUUGUUCAUGCCCACUCCGUCAAUGGCACCGGCCGAGGCUUGGGACCCUGGUCAGCUUUCCCAGAGACCAAAGAGCCAAGAUGGAUAUAUAACAAGAGUGAAGACAAGAUGAUGGAGAACCCUAUCAGAGUCUGGGAAAGUGGGAUAGACUUCGUAGUUACCGGCGACUAUGAUCAAUUCCUGGCUCUACCUGACAAAUGGGUUGAGGUCGCAUCAGUGGAGGGUUUGGAUAGUGUAGGGCGAGCGCCUGGUACAUAUCGGGUGCAGGCAAAGUGGGAUCGCAAGUUAGCUGUGCUUCAGAGAAGAGAAAACAUUCAGAGAUGAUGAUGCAGCGCAGUUCAGUAGGUGAAGUUGAAAUCCAAAGGCAAU